GGAAUCAAAAAACCUUUUACUGAAGUAAUUAAAGCCAACAUUGGAGAUGCACAUGCAAUGGGACAGAGGCCAAUCACCUUCCUCCGUCAGGUAGUGGCACUGUGUACAUACCCAAACCUGUUGGACAGCCCAAGUUUUCCAGAAGAUGCCAAAAAGCGAGCCAGACGGAUCUUGCAGGGUUGUGGAGGAAACAGUUUAGGAUCUUACAGUGCCAGUCAAGGUAUAAAUUGCAUCCGUGAAGAUGUUGCUUCAUAUAUUGAAAGAAGAGAUGGAGGGGUUCCUGCAGAUCCAGAUAACAUAUAUCUUACCACUGGGGCAAGUGACGGUAUUGCUACAAUUUUAAAGAUCCUGGUCUCAGGAGGUGGAAAAUCCCGAACAGGAGUGAUGAUCCCUAUACCACAAUAUCCCUUAUAUUCAGCAGCCAUAUCUGAACUAGAUGCUAUCCAGGUGAACUACUAUUUGGAUGAAGAAAAUUGCUGGGCUCUAGAUGUGAACGAACUUCGCCGUUCCUUGAAUGAAGCUAAGGCAUAUUGCAAUCCGAAAGUUCUCUGCAUCAUCAACCCUGGAAAUCCCACAGGACAGGUGCAAAACAGAAAGUGCAUUGAAGAUGUGAUACACUUUGCCUGGGAAGAGAAACUUUUUCUGCUGGCUGAUGAGGUUUACCAGGACAAUGUGUACUCUGAAGGAUGCCAGUUUCAUUCUUUCAAAAAGAUUCUGUAUGAGAUGGGACCCGAGUACUAUAACAAUGUUGAGCUGGCCUCUUUUCACUCCACCUCUAAGGGAUACAUGGGCGAAUGCGGCUACAGAGGAGGUUACAUGGAGGUCAUUAACUUGCACCCAGAAAUUAAAGGACAGCUUGUUAAGCUGCUUUCUGUUCGACUUUGUCCUCCAGUCUCAGGACAAGCAGCAAUGGACAUUGUAGUGAAUCCUCCGAUUCCUGGAGAAGAGUCUUAUUCACAGUUCAUAAAGGAGAAGGAAUCUGUUUUGAACAAUCUCGCCAAAAAAGCCAAACUAACAGAAGACAUGUUUAACAAGGUACCAGGAAUUCACUGCAAUCCACUUCAAGGAGCUAUGUAUGCUUUCCCACGCAUCUUUAUUCCUUCCAAAGCCAUUGAGGAAGCAAAGGCUCACAAAAUGGCACCUGAUAUGUUCUAUUGCAUGAAACUUCUGGAAGAGACCGGAAUAUGUGUUGUACCUGGAAGUGGAUUUGGCCAAAGAGAAGGAAGCUACCAUUUCAGAAUGACCAUCCUUCCUCCAGUAGAGAAGCUGAAGAUCCUACUGGAGAAAGUGAAAGACUUCCACAUAAAGUUUCUUGAAAAAUAUGCAUGAAACUACCGUGGCUUCUCUCCCUCAUCCCCUCCCCUUCAAGGCAAAUGCAGAAAAUGAACAAAGAUGUGCUGAGAAUGUGCUGUUCAUCUAAUCUAACUAAAUUCAAAACAGAUAGAACCUAUCUCAGAUACUGCUACAACUUAUUGGACUAUUAAAUUUAAUGUCUGGUAUAGAAGACAUUGUUACACCAACUUUUUUUUUAGGGGGAAGGG